GUUGUUCGGGACCCGCGAUUUGAAUCGCUCUGUGGGGAGUACGACGAGGGGAGGUUCAAGUCUGCUUACAAGUUCCUCUAUGCAGAAACACUUCCCAAGGAGAAAGAGGAGCUGCAGAGGCAGCUGAAGAGGGCCAAGGAUGAGGAGGAGCGGAAGAAGAUCAAGCGGCGUCUCGCACAGAUCGAGCAAUCACUGAAGAGUGAGAGGCAGAGGCAGAAGAAGGUGGGGAGGGAGAUGGAGCUGAAGCGGCAGGAGAGGGAGGCUGUGAAGGCCGGCAAGAAACCCUUUUACCACACCAAGUCGUCUCGCCGGCGUGAAGAGCUGUACGAGAAGUACCAAGAGCUUAAG